AUGGACUCGGGAGGAGGGACCUUUGAGUGGAGGAGCAACGACGCCCUGCCGCGGUCCUCCCGAUGCCAACACGACAUGUCACUCGGGCAGUCGGGUACUCAGAGUCUGUAUGAAUGUCCCAAGUUCGUUCCGUUCCAGCUCUUGGCCCAGGUACAGCAGUUGUUGUUGGACAACGUGGAUGGACGGAGAGGAUUUCAACAUGAAGCCUUCAAGUUGUGUCUGCGGAGAUCGGAGCUGAUGAGCGUGUUGAAGGACAUGCGACGGGAAGGAAGCAGAUCGAGGCAGGACAGGGACAGCAGGGACUUGGCCAACUCAUGGCCGAACGUUGUGGAUGUGAAGCAUGUGUUUGCUGCUGCUCUUCCUUUCCUGGAGAGCGAUGUGGUGAUGGCGAGAUUGAACAUCACUAGCAGCAAAGAAUCAUUGGAAGAAAGAGCGUUGAUAUGCCUUCAAACUCGAGUCAAGGCUCUUUUCCUGCUGCACUGCGUGUUUUAUUCGCAGACUGCAGUCAAGAAAGAGCCCAUCCUCCUCACCCCUGCUUCCUGGCGGCAUGUUCUCGACCUCUGUCAACUAGCCCAUCAGCUUCAAGAGAGGAGAUCAGCUGCGCUACAAGUCAAGAGCUGCCAUACUGGCGACUGGUCGUCGGUUAUCUUGCGCGGGGAGGAUGCAGACAUGAGCGAUUUCUGCUCUGCAUUUCGCAUGCUGUACAUGGCUGGGGCGAUGCGCUUUGCUGCAGUGCCUGCCGCCAUGAACGCGAGCAACUACAGGAGAUGGGUGAAUCAGAACAAGACCAAGUUCCUGAGAGAGAGCAGAACAACGCUGAAACAAUCUCGAAAGGAUUCAAAAUGGCCGAGCAAGUUCUUGAGGAUCUUCACGCAGGACGCGAUCUAG